AUGUCCCCCUCCGUUCUCCCUAACAAAACUUACAACAUCGCUGCUAUUCCCGCCGAUGGCAUCGGUCCCGAGGUCAUCGGGGCUGGUAUCACGGCUCUCAAUGCCCUCAGCGAAACCCUCAACACCUUCAAGCUCAACUUUACGACCUACGACUGGAGCUCGGAGACCUACAAGAAGACCGGCAAAUACAUCCCCGACGGCGGUCUGGAAGAACUGAAGAAGCACGACGCAAUCCUAUUCGGUGCAGUCGGUGCGCCUGAUGUCCCCGAUCACAUCUCUCUCUGGGGUCUCCGCCUCGCCAUCUGCCAGCCCCUGCAGCAAUACGCCAAUGUCCGACCAACCAAGAUCUUCCGCGGCACGGAGUCUCCUCUCCGCAAGUGCAAGACCGGCGAUCUGGACUGGGUGAUCAUCCGCGAGAACAGCGAGGGCGAGUACGCAGGCCAAGGCGGACGGUCGCACCGAGGCAAGGCGUGGGAAGUAGCCACCGAGACAGCCAUCUUCUCGCGGCACGGCGUGGAGAGAAUCAUGCGCUUUGCCUUUGAGACCGCGCAGAAGAGACCCCGGAAGCUGCUGACGGUCGUGACGAAGAGUAACGCGCAGCGCAACGGCAUGGUCCUCUGGGACGAAGUGGCUGCAGAGGUCGCCAAGGACUUUCCCGACGUCACUGUGGACAAGAUGCUGGUGGACGCGAUGACCACGCGAAUGGUGCUCAAGCCCGAGACGCUGGACACGAUCGUGGCGACAAACCUUCAUGCCGACAUCCUCUCCGACCUCGCUGCAGCGCUGGCAGGGUCCAUCGGGAUUGCCCCCACCUCGAACCUGGACCCCACACGGGAGAAUCCCAGCAUGUUCGAGCCUAUCCACGGGUCCGCAUUUGAUAUUACGGGUAUGGGAAUUGCUAAUCCCGUCGCGACGUUUUGGACCGCCGCAGAAAUGUUGGCCUGGCUGGGUGAAGAAGAUGCGGCUACGAAGCUUCUGGACUGCGUCGAAAAUGUGUGUGAAAUGGGGGUUCUGACUCGGGACCUGGGAGGAAAUGCCACCACAAGGGAGGUCACCGAGGCCGUGGUGGGGCAGAUUCGGAAGUUGGCCGCUGCAAAGUAA